AUGAAUCCCGAUCCAGCAUCGCGGGGCCCCUCUUCGCCUGGGAUCCGCAGCCCAGGCCAGGGAGCGGCCUUUUCUAGCCUCAGUCGUCUGUUCAGUCACUCAAGUGUUUUUGAGAGUCUGGGGCGCGGAAGUCGCCAUGGCGGACGAUUCAGCGUCAUUGAGGAAUUUGCCGCAUUUUCGGACCCUCUCAUCGUCCUCAGUAACUUGAUGGUCACCCUGAAAGAUAAUCACAUCCCUGGCCCCCGACUCAUACGCAUGCAAACAGAAUUCAAUGCUGAGCUGGGUUGUGGUGCGCAAUCCGAGGUCUUUGGUUUCGAUGAAUCCGUCCUUGAAGAGCGCAAUCUCACUCUCCAGGAUCUUCCAGACUCGAUGAGGAAGAAUAUCACCGAAGUUGCAGUCAAACGUUUUCGUGUCCACGGUGCCAGGCGACGAGAGCCUCGACCCAGCACGUCGAUCAGCUCCGAAGAGUUUGUGUUUCUCUGCAAGGCGGCGCAUCAGGAGAUCGAUGUCCUUUGCCAAAGCACCUUUCGCAAACACCCGAACAUCGUCCGUCUCAUCUCAUGGGGCCUUUGUCUGGAUACAAUGGAGGAGAAUGAUGAAGAAACUCCCCGAAUCCCCUUACUCAUUCUGGAGAAGUCACGAUGCUCGCUGACACAGUUGUUGGUCAAUCCGGCGACAUACAACACCCAUCUCAGCUUCCACGAUAUCUGUGAGCUCCUUUUGGACACGGGACGUGGAUUGGAGGCGAUCCACCAGGAGGGCAUUGCGCAUGGCGAUUUGAAGCCGGAUAACGUGUUGAUCUUCGACUCGGGCGGUCGCUGGUGUGCCAAACUAUGUGAUUUUGGGCUGUCCGCCUCGGAGAAUGCCGGGCAAACCUCGUCAAGUGUGGAAUAUCGAGGAACUCCUGGCUGGCGCCCGCCUGAAUACUAUCGCCAGGGCUUGAAGUCCCUCAGUUUCCAAGGUCAUCAACGAUGUGAUGUAUUCGUCUUUGGCCUAAUAGUUUGGAGCGCGUUUCAAUAUAGUGGACGCCACCCGCUUCCACGCGAGGGCGAACCAAGCUGGAAUAUUUCAAUGAUAGCUGCACAGCAGCUGGCAAAGCAGACUGCCAUUCCGGCUAGUGAAAAGAGCCGGAUUAUCCUCACGGUGCAGGGAGCCCUCGUGGAUGAUCCCGAGGCUCGUCAACGGCAUCCGUGGAAAUACCUGGACGGUAAAGCCUACAGGCAUGUUGGAAGGCGAGACAAGAUCUGGAGGGACUCGACCAUCAUAACCCGACCCUUUCGAUACGCGCUUCGCAGGAUGUUUGGUGGUAGAGUGGUAAUGCCAGAUGAAGGGCUUGAAGAGACCGAUGAAUUCUUGCUGCCAGCUGCUGAAGAAGAUGCCGCGCCACCGGGCCGCAUCUGGUGUCUCCCUUGCGUGAGCCCACGACGCGCUGCCCGCCCUUCCUCCUCAAGGCUACCACCAAUAGCGUUCCCUGUGCGGCACGCGCUGUACCUCAGCGAGUUUGAGGAGUUCUUCCGGCAACUGGAUGUGGAGAGACGUCCAUAUGCACUGACCAUAAUCCGUCAUGGCUAUCGACCCUGUAUCAACCUCAAGCACCUGCAGAAACUGUACGACGGACUGGUGGAGUCCAUCCGUUCAAACGACGAGACUCGAGUGUAUGCCUUGGCGCGGGUACGAAGUCGCAUCCCAGCAUGCUGCUGGAAGCGAGUGAAGGGCGGCCGCCCGGCACAUAUGAUUGAACGCUAUAUCAAAGAUACCCAUGACUUUUCCACUCUCGCGUGGAUGUGCCGUGGAGAAAUCGGAGCCGGCGAGCUUCAUUUGGAAACCCACAUGAAGGCUGUCUUUGGAUGUAUCCUGCAACGGCCCCGGAACUUCAGUUACUUUGCCAUCCGGCGUGAGCAGCAGCUAGGAGUGCAGGGACGCUCGAAACAUUUCAUGCUCUUGCUUGAACAUGGAGCCCGGAUCGAAGCUGCGGCCAACUCGGAGGGUGAAAGUGUCUUUCUGCAGUAUCUUCAUCUAUCUGAUGAAUUUUCCCGCAAUGGCUACGGAGAUCUGUCCAUCCGAGAUAUCUGUGUUAGCUUCAGGCGAAUUGCGCGCAAGCCAUGCAUUGCACCGAUCACGCGUUUCUAUAUAACGGGAGAGCUGCCCGAGCUGGAAGAGAAUACGAAAGGAUGCUCGAACACCGCCCUUCACGACAGUGUCGUCGCUGAGAAUUACGUGGCAGUGGAAGCCUUGGUUCGAUCCGGAUUCUUUGUGGACGCUCGGAAUAAAGAUAAUAGGACUGCUUUGUAUCUUGCUCUCAAGAGGCGCAAGGAACAACAGCGGUCCGCGGCGCAACGAAAGCAGAAGAAUAAGCACAAGGCCUCUCUGGUGGACUCUACAACCCUCUGGCGGAUUAUUGCUUUAUUGAAGCAAAAUACCACGCAGGCGCUCGACAUCGACAACGCCUCCUGGGCAAGUACGGAGAUACCACUGGGAUGGGAACGAAAGGCCAUCACAUCCCGCAGUAAUAACCCGGACGACUCGAGCAAGGAGAUCUUUUACGAUACUUUGUCCACGUCGCUCACAUUCACUAAGCCCAGAUUCUCUCUUUACGAGGACCGUCGUCUCGCACUCGGGGCUCGACGGUUUUCUGCCAGUGGACAGACCUACUACCUAGACCUAUUCCGAUUCAUCAGUCCAUCUUCGUCUAGUUCCGAUGCCGAUAUCCAAACCUCUCCCGACAUGGAGAUUUAUGAUGAUCGCUGGUUUGCCAACGAGCCACACACGCCCGCGGUUAGUCGACAAGGCCAGGAAGCAUCCGAGCAUACUCUGAGUUUAGAAGCCGUGAGAGCUCGUCGACAAAGGUUCUCUCCCAGCAGAGCCCUUUCGACUACACUCUUCAAGCUAUAUUUUGACGGGAUUCAAGGUAUAUCGAAACUUCGGUCCACAAGUGACUGA